AUGGGAGCUAAACAGAAGGAAGCAGCCAAAAGAAGAAGCAAGGCCAAUCUUUCGAGAACGGCCGAAAGUGAAGUCUUCUCUGAUAAGCAGGCAAGAAAUCUCCUAGCCGAUCAGCCAAAGUUAACGCCCAAAUCCAAAGUCAAGAAGCCUAGUAAACAGGCCGUCAAGAAGCGUGAUGCUAAAAUAAGGCUUUAUGGAGCAAGAAAUGGAAAAGAAUACAGAGAAGAAGAAUUGAACAUUCCUAAUCUUAACAGAGCUAUUGUUCCAGGUGUCAAAGCUAAGAAGGGUAAGAAGGGAAAGAAGUUUGUGGAUGACCAUGACAGUCUAAUGUUGAACCGUUUGGUUAAGUCCAUCAAUGACAAGCAUGACCAAGUUAACGAAUCCAAGUUGGAGAAAGCCAGAAGGUUAGAAGAAAUCCGUGAAUUGAAGAGAGCCGAAAUAGAAAGAAAGGAACAGGAGAAGGCUAACAAGUUGAACGAUAAGAAAGCUGAGAUCAAGAAUAAGGCUAAUGUUGCUAGAGCAGCUAGGCGAAAAAGCGCCAGGGAUGCCAAGCGGGCUGAGGAUGGCGAUGUAUCUGAAGAUGUGGGUGCAAGUCAAUCGAAAAAGAAGAAGAAGUCAGUCUCUUUUGCAUAA